AUGCCAAUAAGACCAGGUCUCCAGCAGUUGGAAAAAUGCAUUGAUGAUGCACUAAGAAAAAAUGAUUUCAGACCUUUACAGACCCUUUCAGAAAUUGAUGUUUGUGAAGAUGUGGUGAUUAAAUGCAGCAAACGGUUUUUCCACAAGUUGGAUGGCCUGAUAUGCAGGGAACUUGUGAAAAAGGAUAUCCAAACUGUUUCAACCAUUUUGAUUUCUGUUGGAAGAUGUAGUAAAAAUAUCAGUAUAUUGGGACAAGCUGGACUUCCAGUUAUGAUAAAACAAGGACUAGUCCAAAAGAUGGCUGCCUGGUUUGAAAAAUUUAACGAGAUUAUUCUAAAUAGAGGAAAUGCAGAAGAUGACACUGCUAUAAAUAUGAUAGACGACUUCUUUGAUGUUUUGAUGGUCAUACAUAAUGUCAAUGAUGAAGGUCAAAGGCAAACAUUGGAAAGCUUUGCACCUCGAUUUUGUGCCCUGGUUAUUGACUCAAGAGUGAAUAUCUAUAUUCAGCGGGAGGCUCUAAGAAAAAUGAAUACUAUGCUUGACAAAAUGACUGAAGAUUCCAGGAAAAUGUUCUUUAGUCAAGAAAUGUUAAUUCUCAUGAGUAGUAUGGGAGAAAGGAUUUUAGAUGUUGGAGAUUAUGACUUACAGUGUGCCAUUGUAGAAGCUUUAUGUAGAAUAACCACAAAUAAGGAAAGGCAUGUGCUGGCGUCUCAGUGGUUUUCAAUGGAUUUUAUUGUUCAUGCAUUUAAAAGAAUUAAAGAUUAUCAGUUUGAAACAGAUUGCAGGAAAUUUCUCAACUUUGUAAAUGGCAUGCUUGGAGACAAGAGAAGGGUCUUUACAUUCCCUUGUUUAUCAGCAUUUCUUGAUAAAUACGAAUUACAAAUGCCAUCAGAUGAAAAACUUGAAGAAUUUUGGAUUGAUUUUAAUCUGGGUAGCGAGACUCUGUCGUUCUACAUUGCUGGAGAUAAUAAUGAUCGUCGCUGGGAAGCAGUCUCUGUGCCUGAGGAAACUGUGCAGUUAUACAGCAUUGAAGUGAGAGAGUCAAAGAAGCUACUGACCAUUAUUCUGAAAAAUAUAAUAAAAAUUAGUAAAAGAGAUGGGAAAGAAUUGCUUUUGUAUUUUGAUGCAUCAUUAGAAAUCACUGCUGUGACUCAAAAAAUGUUUGGUGUAAAUAAGUAUAGGGAAUUUACCCCAAAACAAACUCUUUCUAUUGCAAAAACAUCUGUGCAUGUACUCUUUGAUGAAAGUGGAUCACAGAUUCUAGUGCCAGAAAGUCAACUCUCAUCAGUCACAGAAGAGCUAGUUAAUUUCAGUGAAAAACCUAGUCCUCAAAGGGAAUUUGCUAACCCUCCAAACUACGUCGAAAACAAUCACGAGGCAAGAAAAAAUAAUCAUGUCCAUGUAAUUACUCCACGCAAAAGAAAAAUAUCUGAAGCAUCUAUGGUAGUUCCUGGUGCAGAUAGAUAUACUUCGAGAAGUCCAGUACUGUUAACCAAUACUUCAACGCAACGAAGAGGGAGAAUUAAACCACCGCUGCAAAUGAGGAGUUCUGCGGAGACACCUGGUGUUUCUAAACCAUCUGAAAAUGGUGUGAAUAAUGCUGUACCACAGAAAUCUAAACCAUCUGAAGAAAGAGAUGGAGGCAACAAUACACACCAACAUAUGAAAACAGCUAAUGAUGUGGAAAGAACCGAAAGCGAGGACAACGAAUUCCCAAACCAAAAUUUUACUGAGUUCCAGGAUACUGCUCCUGAUUCACAAGCAGUGGUAAAAAAAGAUAAACCUGUAUUACCUGGUGUUUUACAAAACAUCUGUGAAAAUAAAACACAGUCCAAGUGGGCAUGUUGGACACCUGUAACCAAUAUUCAACUUUGUAAUAACCGAAGAGUAAAUUAUUCAUCAAAAACCACAUUGAAUCCAGAUCUUGUUGCCCACAAAGAGUGUACUAAAGAAAAACUGUCCUCUUCACUAUCUGGCAAUAAUUCUGAAGAAACAGGAAAGGUACAAACUACACAAGAAAUAGUGCUGAAUAACAAAGCAGACAAUGUGGAAGCAGACAUUUGUGAAAGAAGCCAUCAGCAAGAACUAAGUCAUCCUAAACAUUUGGAGGAGACAAGUACUGAACAUACCAAACAGAGUGAUUGGCGUGUGGAAUCUGAAACGACUUUUAAAUCGGUGCUCCUAAAUAAGACAGUUGAAGAAUCUCUGAUCUAUAGGAAAAAAUAUAUAGUGUCAAAAGACGUGAAGACUGCUGUUUGUGAUAAAAAUUCUUCUCCUGGAAAAACUGUGGAAAGUCAUAGAAAACCAGAGACAAAACUGACUUCUGACGUUAAUUCCUGUGACUUGAAACAAAAAAACCUGAGAGAAAAUUCAAGAGAGAAGGGAUUUACUGAUGCAGCACAAUCCUUGAUAAGUCCAAUUAAUAAGCGAUACAAAGCAAAAGAUGACAGAAAAUCUGUAAGAAAAUUAAAAGAGCCUAUGGUUGACAGUGGUUUUUCAAACAGAUCAGAUGUACACCUCAGUAAGGAAAAGGUUCAGAAAAAAAGUUUUAGACAACUGAAGACCACUUUGGUUAAUGUUACUUCUGAAUGUCCAUUGAACGAUGUUUACAAUUUUAAUUUGAAUGGAGCUGACGAACCUACUAUAAAACUUGGAAUCCAGGAAUUCCAGGCUACAAGUACAAAAGCCUGUAUGGAUAAUUCAGUAAACUUGGUAGACUCAAGGAAUCAGGAUGAACUUGAACCUUCUCUCAAAACAAAAGAUAAAAGAAUUAUGACAGAUAAAAAGAAGCAUCUUUUUAGUGAUAAUGAAACAGAUAAUAGAUUUGAUGACAGCAAGACUGAUAUUAGCUGGUUAAGAGAACCAAAAUCAAAACCACAGCUAAUAGACUACAGCAGACAGAAACACGUGAAGAAACAUCAAAGUGGGAGACGAAGAUCAUCCUUGGAAAUGGAACAAGAGAUACCCAGCAAAAAUAUCAUCAGAAAAGUAGAUGAGACAGUUUCAGAUGGGCGACCCAGACUUCCACGAAGAGCAGCAAAAACUAAAAUAAAUUAUAAAGAUCUCUCAAAUUCAGAAUCGGAGAGUGAAACAGAAUUUUCACAUACAUCUAAAGAGAAAUUACUGACAAAGGAGGAAAAUAUUCAUUCCAGAAGUAAAACCAUGAAGCAGCCAAAGAAACCACAGAAUGCUUUCCCUGCUGAAACACCAGUGGGACUACCAGAAGGAUGGGAGAAGUCAUCAAUACAGGAAGACACGACAAAGAACAGAAGCAGCCUUGAGGUUUCCCCUUCAUCUGGGAGCCCAUUGUCUAUAGAAGUCAUGAGAGCAAAAUCUGUAUCAACUUCUGAGAAACACUCAUCACUUGAGUUGAAUAGUAACAGUGGAGUUGAAAGUCCAGUGAAGUCACCUGAAAGCAGUGAGAAAAAUGUACUGUAUACAAGAGAAACUUGCUCACCACAUCUCAUUUCGCCCAGCUAUACUCCAGCAACUAGUAAUAAUACUGUUGUGAAUAGAAAAUCUAUGGAAGUUCCACAAGAAAUGCAGAAUUCCAGCAGUUAUAAUCUGGAACAAGAGUUUCUAGAAAGUGAACUUCUAAAUAUCAUUGGAAGCCAUAUACAAAGAAAGAAAGAUGUAAGCCCUACUUGGCAUCCUAAUCGCAAAGGAAUGUACAUAGAAGAUGAUGUAAGUAAUUCCGAUGAAGUAGAAACGGACGAGGAAGAAGAAAGAAGAGUAAAUUUGUUUCCUAAAAAACGGUCCAAAUUAGAAGAUACUCACUACAAAAGGGUAGAUCAUUUCACAAAGCAGUCUUGGAAAUCAGUUGAACAACAUAUGACAACAAUGAACCAUCAGAUUCAAGAGUACAGGAAUGAAAAACUUGAUAAAUUCCAAUUCACCAUCAUACAGGAGCUGGAGAAUUUUGAAAGAGAGUCACAGUCUCUAAAAGUUUUGGAGAAGGAAUUCAUGGGAUUUUGGGAAAAGAUAUUUCAGAAGUUCAUUGAUUAUCAGAAAAGUGAACAGCAGAGGCUUCACCUUUUGAGAAGCUCCUAUGAUAAGAAUGUCCUCCACAACACUAAGCAUGAUGAAAGUAUUUUUACAUCUGAGAUGUGCUCGAUGAAAGAAAACACAAGAAGACUCCAAGAACAGCUUCUUAAUGAAAUGCUUCAGAACCCCUACUACAGUGAGAACUGA